AGGGCUCAGACACUCGGCUGCUCCCUCUGCCUCGAGCUCCUGCUCGUGCUGUCUCCGCUCCGCCGUUCGAGCGCUGAGGUCCUCCGCCUCCUCCCGGCGCCCGCGUUCGUCCGCCUUGGUGACCGACGAGCAGCAUGGACGGCUGCGCGGGGGAGGAGUCCUUCCAGCUGUGGGAGCUCAACCGGCGCCUGGAGGCCUACCUGGGCCGGGUCAAGGCGCUGGAGGAGCAGAACGCGCGGCUGAGCGUGGAGCUCGGGGGCCUCCGCGCGCGCUCCGGUGACGCCUCCUGGCGGGCCCGCGCCGACGGCGAGCUGGCGGCCCUGCGCGCCCUCGUUGAUCAGCGCUGGCGGGAGAAGCACGCGGCCGAGGUGCAGCGUGACAGCCUGGUGGACGAGCUGGAGAGGGUGGCGGGCCGGUGCCAACAGCUGCGGACAGCCCGGGAGCGCUCGGUCGAGGAGGCUGCGCGCGGCCGGCGCGCCGUGGAGGCCGAGCAGCGCGCCCGGGACUGGCUGAGCGCGCAGGCAGCCGAGCUGGAGCGCGAGCUGGAGGCGCUGCGCGCGGCGCACGAGGAGGAGCGCGCCGGCCUGCACGCGCAGGUGGCCUGCGUCCCCCACCGCCCCGCGCCACCCCGCGGGCCCCCGGCGCCGGGCCCCGAGGUGGAGGAGCUGGCCCGGCGGCUGGGGGAGGUGUGGCGCGGGGCCGUGCGCGGCUACCAGGACCGCGUGGCACACCUGGAGGCGUCGCUGGGCCAGGCCCGCGAGCGGCUGGGGUGCGCGCUGCAGGGGGCCCGGGAGGGUCGCUUGGAGCUGCUGCAGCUCCGCGCCGAGCACGGCGGCCUCCAGGAGCGCAGGGCGGCGCUGGAGCAGAGGCUGGAGGGCCGCUGGGAGGAGCGGCUACGGACCACUGAAAAGUUCCAGCUGGCCGUGGAGGCCCUGGAGCAGGAGAAGCAGGGCCUGCAGAGCCAAAUCGCCCAAGUCCUGGAGGGCCGGCAGCAGCUGGCGCACCUCAAGAUGUCCCUCAGCCUGGAGGUGGCCACGUACAGGACCCUGCUGGAGGCUGAGAACUCUCGGUUGCAGACCCCUGGCGUCAGUUCCAAGGCUUCUCUCAGCUUCCAGGAUCCCAAGCUGGAGCUGCAUUUCUCUGGGACCCCGGAGGGCCAGCAUCUGGGACCUGUCCUCAGCCCAACUUCCCUCCCCUCCCCCUUGGCUAACACCCUCCAGACACCUGUGCCAGCCUUUCUGAGGAGCCAGGAAUUCCUCCAGGCUCAUACCCCCACCUUGGCCAGCACCCCUAUCCCAGCCGCACCUCAGGCUCCCCAUCCUGCUGCGAAUGCAGAGGUCAGAGCCCAGGAUGCCCCUCACUCCUUGGUACCACCACAGGAUGGGAGGCAACAGGCUCCAGAGCCACUGUGGGCUGAAGCCCAGGCAGCAGUCCCUGCCGACAUCCUUCCAGGACCCGAGGAGCCAGGUGGCAAGCAGCAAGAGGCCAGUCCAGGCCAGUCCCCUGAGGGCCAGGCCUCCCUGGCCCCACCCCUCAGCCCUGACCACCCCAGUUCAGAGACAAAAGAUGGAGAACGCAGUGGGUCUGGAGCAUCCAGCAGAUUCCAGGAGGGAGGUAAACGGCCAACCUGGGGACUGGUAGAGAAAGAAGCAGCCAUAGAGGACCAAGUAGUAAGCAGCUUGCAGCAGCAAAUAUGGCAAGAAGGAGGGGAACUGGAUGUGAAGGAAAUCCAGGACUCACAGGAUCCUCAGGAAAGAGAAACCCUGAAGGCCCUGGGGGAGGAGAUUCGAAAGUCCCUGAUGCCUCUGGAGAACCAGAGCCACGAGGCCCUAGAGAAAGAUCAAGAAUCUCUGAGGUCUUUAGAAAAAGAGAACCUAGAAACACUAAAAAUUCUGAAAAAAGAAAAUCAAGAGGUAUUGAGGUCUUUAGGAGAAAAAGACAUGGAAAUAGAGAGACUGGUAGAAAAGGAAGUCACUGAAUUACCCCAGCCUGCAGGAAAAGAGGACUCACAGACAUUGCAAUCCCUGGAAGGGGAGAACCAAGAACUGAUAAUAUCUCUUGAAGGUAAUCUGGAGACAGUUUCAUUUCCAGGAAAAGGAAAUCAAGAACUAGUGAGGUCCCUAGAAGAAAACUUAGAAAAGUCCCUGAGAACUCCGGAAAAGGAGACCCAAAAGCCACUGAGAUCUCAAGAAGCAGAGGAUCAGAAGAUGUGGAAAUCUCUACCGAAAGAGAAUUGGGAAUCUCUGAGGUCUCUUGAAGAUGAGUCCCAGGAGACCUUUAAACUUCUAGAAGAUAAUCAAGAGCCGCUGACCUCUUUAGAAGAGAAUGAGAAGAUUGUGAGACCUUUAGAAAAAGAGAAACAGGAGUUACUGACAUCUCUAGAAGAAGAGGACGAGAAAGUUGUGAGAAUGCUAGAAAAAGAGGAUCAGGAGGCACUAAGGUCUCUAGAAGCAGAUCAAAGGAAUGUGCGGUCUCUAGAAGAAGCAGAUCAAAGGAAUGUGCGGUCUCUAGAAGAAGCAGAUCAAAAGAAUGUGAGAGCUCUAGAAAAAGAGAACCAGGAACCACUAGGGUCUUUAGAAGAUGAGACCAUGAGACCUCUAGAAAAAGAGGAUCCAGAUCCACUGAGAACUCUAGAAGAGGACCAGAAGAAUGUGAGGUCUCUAGAAAAAGAGAACCAGGAACCAUUGGGAUCUCUAGAAGAAGAGGAUCAAGAGACUGUGAGACCUCCAGAAAAAGAGGACCAGGAGCUACGGAGGGCUCUAGAAGAAGACCAGAAGACAUUGAAAACUCUUGAAAAAGAGACUCAACAGUCACUGAGGGCUCUAGGGGAAGAAGGCCAGAUGACAUUAAGACUUGUAGAAAAAGUGAAUCCAGAGCCCCUGGAAUCUCUUGGAAACGAACAGGAGGUAGUUGAGUCUCUUGAAAAAGAGAAUCGAGAGUUAUUCAAGUCUCUGAAAGCUGAGAGUACAGAGGCAGUGAGAUCUUCAGAAACUCAGAACCCAGAGCCACUGCAGUCUACAGAAGAGGACCUGGAAAUGCUGACAUCUCUAGAAGCUCAAGAGUCACUGUGGUCUCUAGAAGAAACGAAUAGAGAGACAGUGAAAAGUUUAGAAAAGGAAAUUCUAGAAACAAUGGGGUCUGUGGAAGAGAACCAAGAAACACUGAGACCCCUGGGAGAGUGGAACCUAGAGAACUUGAGAUCUCCAGGAGAAGCAGGGAAGGAAGGUCGCGAAGGUCUGGAGGAAGAAGAGAGGCAGUUGGAAGAGAGUCAAGAGUCACUGAGGUCUCUGGAAGAAGAGGCGCGGGAGCUGCGUCUGCCUGAAAAGCAGCAGAUAUGGGAGAAGGACGCAGGAGACCGAGGUCCGGGUCUGGAAGCCCCUUCCAGGGGAGAAGCAGUGGGAGACGAGGAGCAGGACUGGAAUGCAGCAGCAGAGGCCUGGAGCCCAGGGAGCCCCGAGCCCCCAGAACAGAGGGGCCCAGCUGCGGGAGACGGUGGGCAGGGGGCCACUGAGGGCCCCCAGGGCCUUGCAGGGCCACAGGAGCGGGAGGCUGCCCAGGGAGUGGCAGAGGUGGGAGAGGUGACAGAGGCCCCUCAGGAAGAGGAGGAGGAGCCCCCAGGGGAUGGCCAGGCCUCCCUAGAAGUCACCUGGGGGUCAGAGAUGGCCAGGGGCGGCUCUGCUGUGGGAGCAGGGCAGGGACAUGAGCAGGAGCCCAGAGGCCUGGAGGUCCCCGUGCCACCCCCGGGGGAGGACAGUCUGCACGGGGAGCGUGCUCGGGGCUUGGGAGGGCCUGGGCAGGGCCGCACGGAGGCAGUACUCCCCAGCAGCAGCGGGGACCCUGGGGAGCACCCCAAGGACUGGGGAGAGUGGGGGCCCGAGGCCCCUGUGGGAGCAGAGGGGGUGUCCCCUGCUGAUGCCCCUCAGCCCAGGCCCUUGGGGAUGGAGGAAGACCAGGGUGCACCACUAGUGCUGGGGGCCCCUGGGCCGACUGAGCCCUAUGCACCCACCCCGAUCCCGGAAGAUUCCCCUGGGCCCCAGGUGGCGGGCUGGGGGCUGGAAGGGAGGGCUGAAGCCCUGGGAAAAGAGAGCGAGCAGGAGGAGCUUCCGGAGGGGGAGGGCAGAGCGGAGAGCUUCGAGGCGGACGAGCUCGGGGAGACCCUUCCCGACUCCACUCCCCUGGGCCAGUACCUCAGGUCCCCCUCGUCCCCUGGGUGGGACCAGGCGGAAGAGCAGAGGCCCUCUCCCCAGGGAGAGGGCAGCCAGGAAGGCUGGGAUCCUGCUGUCCCAGCCUCCAGGGGCCCCGGGGCAGAGGAGGAGCAGGGCCAGGACUCUGAGCUGUCAGAAGAGUUCGAGGACCUGGAGACAGAGGCCUCCUUGCCUCCUGGGGCCCCCAGGAAGGCGGCAGAACCUCUGGGCCAGGCGGCCCAACUGCUGGAGCCUGCAGCCUGGGACCUGGACAGGGAGUCCGAUGGGUUCGCAGAUGAAGAGAGCGGGGAGGAGGCCGACGAGGAGCAGGGGCGGGAGCCGGGGGCACAGCGGUGGGGGCCAGGGCCUUCUGGGGGGAGCCUGCAGGUCCUGAGGAGCCCUCGGAGAGGGGCCCCCCUGGCACCCGAAGCCCUGGGCUUCAGUGUCCCCUGGGACGACGGCCUGCAGGGUGCCGCGGCUGACACCCCUGUGACGGCCGUUGACACCGAGUCCCAGGACAGUGCAGAGCCCUCCGAGGAGUCUGACUCUGCCCCCUGGGAGAAGGGGGACCCCAGCGGGGUGGAGGACACAGGCCCAGGGGACAGCCACAGUGUCAAUGGGGGCCCCGGCCUGGAGGCGGAGUCCGAGCACACAGGUGGGAGGGUGCUGAACGGGGCCGGGGGGCGGGGGACCCCCUCGCAGGAAGAGGAGGGGGUUCCCCCGAAGACCCCCUGGGCCGGGGCUCCCCUGCACCUGGGCCCCAGCCAGUUCCUGAAGUUCACUCCGAGAGAAGGAGAUGGAGACUCCUGGUCCUCGGGGGAAGACUAGCCCAGGCUCCCAAGACCACCCCUCAGCUGGCACCCUAAUUUAUGACCUCUGCACCCCGGUUUCCUCUGAGAGGGAGAGUCCCUCCCGGCUGGCUAAGGCGGCGUCGUAUGGCGAAGGAGCUGCUCCAAGGAGGGAGGCUCUGGGACAGAACCUGGGAGCCUGCCUGGGGACACCACGGAGGCUAACGCAGCAGAGCCCCUGUAGUGCUCGCCCCUUUCCUCCCUGCCUCUGCUCCGCCGCUGGGGAAGGUGCGCCCGGCGCCCUAACCCCGUCUGGCUCCUCCCCCCGAGUAAAGUCUCCACCUGUGUAGAA